AUGUCCCAGUUUCAGUAUCGUUGGAUCUUCGAGUAUCCUCACGUGGGCUUGAACAUGGUCUCUGAGUCUCCUCCUAAGCUCCACAAUCUUCAUGAGCCCAGUGACGGUUCCAACCUCAAGCUUGAUCCACAGGCCUGUUCUCACGAAAUUGCUUCGGAUACCGACACAGAUGACGAUUUGGGCGACUCGAAAGAUGUGAAACACGACGAUCCAGGAUCCGAUAACAACCAACACAGUGCAGAGCGUGGCCGCUUGCAUCCGCAUGCACUUCACUUCCUCGCUCAAGUUCCUCAAAGUGACGCUGACUGGUCCCGCUACCUCUGUAGCAACGCCGAUGUCAGAUCAUUGUGCCAUCGUCUCAAGUUGCCCUACCUGUUCCCGGGCUUUCGGGCUCACCUCGAUUGGCCACGGUUCUUCAACGAGUGUACCUGGCAUCUUGCCCAAGCUUGCAACAAUCCCCCUCUUGGUUCCCUCUUCUCACUCGUUUUCGUGGCUGCGUGCCAUGUGGCGCUCAUCGAUGGCUGCCCACGAGAGGAAGUGUACAAUGGCCUGAGGGCCUGCGUGAGACAGUGCGGUAUUUCAGAAGACGAAGUAACGCCACCCAUGUUAGACAGGAUGCGAGAGGGAGUUAUCACAGGCAUCGGAAUACUCAGAGAGUAUAGUAAAGUGGUUGGCUGUCGUGCAAACGAAAUUCCUUUGCAUGGUAAGUUUUGA